AUGAACGAGUUGCAGGCUCUCCGCAUUGACUUCUUGAGGAAGCAGAACACCACAGCCCACCACACGGACAACUUCCAGACCAACAAACUCGUGCUCCGUCGCGGGCAGGUAUUCCACCUGCGUCUGAUACUCAGCAAAUCUUUGGAGCCCCACGAGCAACUGAAGCUGCAGUUUGCCAUCGGGCCGAAUCCUAGCAUCGCCAAACACACCCUGGUGGAACUGAACCUGAAGAUGCCCACCGCGUCCCGCUUCGAAGGCUGGAAGGCUUCGCUGACCAGUAACACCGGCAAGGAGGUCAUCGUGGCCAUCACCAGCGCCCCCAACUCCAUCGUGGGCAAAUACGAGAUGGCCGUGAAGACCGGAAGCCACACGUUCAGGGUGCAUGAAGACUUCUACCUUCUCUUCAACCCCUGGUGCAUUGACGACCCGGUUUUCUUGCCUGACGAGGAGGAGCGCAAGGAGUACAUCCUCAACGACACCGGCUACAUAUACAUGGGCUUCGCCAAGCACAUUCGCGGCAAGCCCUGGAACUUCGGCCAGUUUGAGAAAAAUAUCCUAAGCUGCGCCAUUUACCUGCUGACCCAGAGCUACCUCAAGAUCCUGGAAAUGAGGGACCCUGUGCUGGUGGCCCGUACCAUGUGUGCCAUGAUGAGUGCGGCGAACUCGAACGGCGUGCUCACGGGGAACUGGUCGGGGAACUACGCGGGCGGGACGGCGCCGCACCUGUGGUCCAGCAGCGUGGCCAUCCUGCAGCAGUUCCACACCACCAAGCAGCCCGUCAACUUCGGCCAGUGCUGGGUGUUCUCCGGCAUCCUCACCACGGUGCUCAGGGCUCUGGGCAUCCCCGCCCGCAGUGUGACGGCCUUCGAGUCAGCCCACGACACGGAGAAGGACCUCACCGUGGACAUCUACCUGAACCAGACCGGCAAGACCAUCCCGGACCUCACCAAGGACUCCGUGUGGAACUUCCACGUGUGGACAGACGCGUGGAUGCGGCGGCCAGAUCUGCCCGUGGGCAACGAUGGCUGGCAGGCCCUGGAUGGCACCCCACAGGAGAUCAGCCAUGGCAUCUUCCGCUGCGGGCCCUCCCCGCUGCCCGCCAUUCGCAACGGCGACAUCUUCCUGGGUUACGACACCAAGUUCAUCUUCACCGAGGUGAACGGGGACAAGCUGAUCUGGCUGCUGAAGAAGGUGGGCGGUGAGGACGUGUACAGCCUCAUCGCCGUGGAGACCGACAGCAUCGGCAAGAACAUCAGCACCAAGGCGGUGGGCCAGGACCGCCGCCACGACAUCACCUAUCAGUAUAAGUACCCCGAAGGCUCGGCGGAAGAGAGAGAGGCCAUGAACCACGCAUACUCUCUCCUGCAAGUUCCGAGGCCGCCGCAGGACCUGCACAAGCGGAGUCUGCUGGGGCUGUCCAUCAUGGAGGAAACGGUGGAGCUGGGCAGGCCCGUGGUCAUGACCGUGCUGCUCAGGCGCACCACCGAGGAGACACGGAGGGUCAGCUUCUCUGCCUCCAUCAACCUGCAGACCUACACAGGCAAAAAUGUGGCGCAGCUCGCCGUGGUCAACAAGGAGGAGGUGGUCGAAGGGGAAGAAGCCCAAGUGGUGUUCAUCGUGUCCCCGGACACCUACAUCCCCAAGCUGGGCAUGGUAGACGAUGAGGUGGUAGUGAAGAUCAUCCUCCUGGCGCAGGACCUGAAGUCGGAGGAGUCCACAGGCACCGACGACACCCUCCACUUCGUGUACUCCAACUUCUUUGUCGAGAUGCCGGACACGGGGAAGGUGGGCCAGGAGCUGACGUGCGUGUGCCGCUUCCGCAACGUGCUGCCCAUCCCGCUCACCCACAUCACCUUCUCCCUCGAGAGCCUGGCCAUCUCCUCCACGCAGACCGUGGACAAAGGGAUGCUGCCCGCGGGCGAGGCCAUCCAGUUCCAGAUCCAGUGCAUCCCGGUGAAGAGCGGCCCCAAGAAGUUCAUCUUCAAGUUCACGUCGCGGGAAGUGAAGGGGAUCCACGCGGAGAAGAUGGCCCUCAUCUCCUAGAGCGCGGGCCGCGCUCCGUCCUCCGUGGCUUGCAGACCCAGGAUGAUCGCUUCACGUCUCAGCCUUUCCU